UCGCGGGCCCCCAGGCUAACCCCCGUUGUAGCCUUAAAUCUCCUACCAUGGGGGAAGAAGGCGGCGGCCGCAGCUGUGGGACCACUAGGGAGCUGCAGAAGCUGAAGCAGCAGGCGAUGGAGUACUAUCAGCAGAACGACGUUCCGCGCAGGCUGGAAGAGCUGCUCAACUCCACCUUCUACCUCCAGCCUGACGACGUCUACGGGCACCUGGCAAACUGCUUUGCUGAACUUGCAAAGCCUCCCACCAUAUGCAAAGUGGUGGGGAAGAAAGUACUGGAUGGAUUGGGCCUUCCAACCCUACAAGUGGAAAUAUUUUGCAUCAUUCAAAAUUUUCCCAAGAACAUAUGUUCUGUGGUGAUCUCGUCUCACUUUGAAGUACUUGAAAACGCACUGCCUGAGCUCGUGGAAGCGGAGGAACUGGAAAGGAGCAAGACCAUCAGCACCGCUGUGCAGUGGGUCAACUACACAAUUACUGAGGUGCUUCAGGGCAUGGAGCCUUCCAACCAGGCUGAGGUGGAUCAGUUGCUCAGAACAUUCUUUGAAAAUAAACUGCAAGAAGAUCAGGAGAGAAAAGAAUUGGAAAAUAUGGUGGAAGACUCAACACUUUUACCUCUAGUUCCACCACCACCACCUCCUCCACCUCCUGCAAAAAAGAAAGGACAAAAGCAAGGAGGAAAGGAUACUCUUCCGGAAAAACCUGUCUUACCUGAAGAACCUGCUGAACCUGUUCUCUGUGGCAGCAUGGCCAUAGGGGCUGUGUCACUAGCUGUUGCAAAGACCAGUGCCAUACUGAGAAAUAAUCCUCUCUACCUAACUAUUGCGUUACUGAAGCACAACCAGGAACAGCCAAAAAAGCUAACUGUCCCCUUGCUGAUGGUAUCUCUGGUCAGCUGUGGGAAGUCUUCUCCAGGGAAGCUGAAUUUAAUGAAAGAAGUGAUCUGCAUCCCACAUCCUGGAUUAAGCACCAAACAAGGCGUGGAGAUGCUUCUGGAAAUUCAGAAACACAUUAACAAAACAAUUGAAGCGCCCCCUCCUCCAAAAACAGAGACAAAGAAAGGGCAUAAUGGAGCCAAGCGCGGUCAACAGCAGAUCACUGGUAAGAUGUCCCAUCUUGGCUGCUUAACUGUGAGCUUUGACACCAUCGAGCAGCCCAUCCUCCUCAUACAAGGAAUCUGUGCAAACCUGGGUCUGGAACUGGGCACCAAUCUGCAUCUAGCCAUCAACUGUGCGGCACAUGAGUUGAUGGACUAUAGUAAAGGGAAGUAUGAGGUGAUGACCGGCACAUUAAAAAGUGCUGCCGAGAUGGUGGACCUGUACGUGGAUCUGAUCAACAAAUACCCUUCAAUUAUUGCCUUAAUUGAUCCUUUCAGGAAGGAGGACUCUGAACAGUGGGGCAGCAUCUAUAAUGCUCUUGGUUCCGGGUGUUACAUAAUCGCAGGAACUGCAUCCAAAAGCAUCACUAAGCUUCUAAAGGAUGGAAAUAUCAGCGUCCCCAGAGCCAGUGGGCUGAUCAUAAAACAUACAAAUCAAACUACGAUGUCUGACUUGGUGGCAAUAACCAAUUUCAUUGACAGUAGGAAGCACCUCGCUGUCUUUGGAAGCACAGAAGGAGAGUCGUCUGAUGACAGCCUUGUCGAUUUGGCCGUAGGACUGGGCGUCCGGUUUAUCAAGUUGGGAGGCCUUUCUCGCGGGGAACGAGUGACUAAAUACAACCGCCUUUUGACUAUAGAGGAAGAACUUGGCCAGAAUGGAACACUGCAUUUGAUUGAAGAACACACAUUUGUUCACUUUAAUGAGGAAGCCGCCGAGGCACCGGAGGCUGCUACUGCCACAGACGGCAAGCUGCCCGAGCCCAUCUUUCCCACGGAAGUCGCAGAAGAAUCAGCCCAUGUGUGA